ACCAUGAGAUCAUCUGUGCCUUGAUCUACAGCCUGCCCUGCCAACUGAAGGGUCCUGCCUCCUUUCCUUCCAUGUUGCCUGUCGUACAUCCAGUUUCGUCCGGAGAGGGAAAGAGCGGUCGGUUUUAGUUGAUCCCCCGCCUUCCUGCUCUAAGUCUCCCUCAUGUAAAAUAUAUAAAAUCCACCUCGUCAGCGCACAAAUUCAUCCACAGACCAAACCGUUGACCUAACUUCAUCCUAAGCUUCUCUCGUUCUGAGCUGCAUUCGACUUACUUCCUCAUACAUCACUCACUACCUAUCAUCAUGUCGGCCCUACCUAUGGCAGGUCCGCCCAAGACCCCCUUGGCUCGUUACCGCAUUCUGUCCCCGACGGCUUCCGUUCGAGUGAGCCCCCUGUGUCUGGGCGCCAUGAACUUUGGCGACGCCUGGAAGGGAUACAUGGGAACUUGCGAUCAAAAGACUGUCGAAGAGAUUCUUGACUUCUUCCAUGAGCAGGGAGGCAACUUUAUCGACACCGCCAACAACUACCAAUUCGAAGAAUCCGAAGCUUGGAUUGGCCAAUGGAUGAAAAAGAGAGGUGUCCGUGACCAGAUGGUCAUUGCAACCAAGUACACCACAAACUUCCAAGCUGGCCCCAACGCGCCGAGCAUCAUGGCCAACUUCACCGGUAACGGAUCCAAGAGCUUGCACACGUCUGUAGAGGCUAGCUUGCGCAAGCUGCAAACCGACUACAUUGACCUGCUCUAUGUGCACUGGUGGGACUACUCUACUUCUAUUCCGGAGCUGAUGCAGUCCCUCAACAACCUCGUCGUCACCGGCAAGGUCCUGUUUCUCGGUAUCAGUGACACCCCCGCUUGGAUCGUCAGCAAGGCCAAUGAGUACGCGAGAAAUCAUGGACUACGUCAAUUCUCAGUCUACCAAGGUCGAUGGUCUGCAGCCUCAAGAGACUUUGAGCGAGAGAUCAUUCCAAUGACCAAGGCUGAAGGAAUGAGCUUGGCACCCUGGGGCGCGCUCGGCGGCGGCGCUUUCAAGACGGAAGAGCAACGCAAGUCCCAGGAGGGCCGCAAAGUUCAGGCUAACGAAGCGCAAAUCAAGAUCAGCCAGGUGCUGGAAAAGAUUGCCAACAGCAAAGGCACGAUCAUCACGAGUGUUGCUUUGGCUUAUGUCAUGCAAAAAACGCCUUACGUCUUCCCUAUCGUCGGCGGCCGCACUGUCGAUCAUCUGAAGCAGAACAUCGAGGCGUUGGCCCUCGAUCUCUCCGAUGAAGAAAUUCAGGAGAUCGAAGGAGCUGUCCCGUUCGAUAUGGGCUUCCCCCACAACUUCUUGUGGGGAGAGAAGGUCCCGUCGAACCCUGGCGAGGUCUGGUUGCUGAACAUGGGAGGAAACUUCGAUUAUGUUCCAGAGCCUAAGGCCAUCGCACCCAAGGAAGGCGGAAAGUAGUACUAUCGAUACAAUCUUAUACACGUUUCUGGUCAGGUACCGGUCCGGUUUGUGAUGUUGAAUGUAGUUAUGAAUCACAGACAGAUGGCGUCUGGGGAUGUCGUCAGUCUGUUGACUAUUCAAGGCUCUGC